AUGGGGCUGCUGUCGGGGUACUGCCAGGAAGGAGGCGGCAGCGGCGGCCGCGGCCAUGGGGAGCAGCCGGCCAGUCCGGGCUGCGCGGCGGAGGAGGAAUCCUUCCCGGCUCUGAGAGUCGGGGAGGAGAAGGAGGAGGACGGGGCGGAAGAAGACUAUGAAGAGUACGUGGACUUUUCUCUCUUGCCGGACGCUCGCAGCAUUGCCUCGGACGAUUCCUUCUACCCGCCCGACGGGGAGGAUGGCUGGCUGGAGCGGGGCGAGCCGGAGUCUUGGUGCUGCUCGGAGACGGAGGACGACUUGGGCGCGGGGGAUGACCUGGAGGUGGUGUCCUUCUUCCAGGCGGCAAACACCAACAACGUGGGGUUGCUGAGAGCGCUCAUCCGCCGGGGACCUAGCGCUGAGGAGGUGCUGGAGACCGACCGCAACAGCCGGACUGGCCUUAUUGUUGCCUGCUACCAAGGUUUUGUGGAUAUUGUAGUAGCCUUAGCAGAGUGUCCCCAUAUUGAUGUAAACUGGCAGGACAACGAGGGGAAUACAGCUCUAAUUACAGCUGCACAGGCAGGGCACAUAACCAUCACCAACUACUUGUUGAACUAUUUUCCUGGUCUUGACCUCGAAAGAAGGAACAUAUUUGGAUAUACGGCUCUGAUGAAAGCUGCCAUGCAAGGUCGAACUGAAUGCAUCCGAGCUUUAAUGUUGGCAGGGGCAGAUGCCCAUGCAACUGAUCCCAACAAAGGGAUGACCCCACGGGAAUGGGCAUCUUACACAGGAAGGUCCGAGGCUGUCUGUGUCCUGCAGAGAUUGUUGGACAGACCCUGUCCUGAGCAGUUCAGCGAACAGUACAAGCUGGACUGGCCAGUGGUCAAGGACAUUCUUGUCAAACCAGCAGAGCCCAAGAGCUGUUUACAGAGGCUCACUGAGUGCUUUCGGUCAGUCUUGUCUUCCCACUAUGUCCAGGAACCUGAAGAUGGGGGGGUCCUUGACCACAUGGUCAGAAUGACCACUAGUCUCUACAGCCCUGCUGUGGCCAUUGCCUGCAAGACUGUGUGUCCUGAGAGUCCCCCCUGUGUGGGGAAGAGGCGCUUUGCAGUGCAGGAGAUCCUCCGAAGACAAAACACUGGGGAGGUCUGUGACGGUGAGGAGGGCAUUGGGGAGAGCCACCAGAAACGUGUUCCCAGCUCCCAGGGUGAGGUGGUUCCCCAGAAGACGGAGAGGAGAGCCAGUCUGCAGCCUUCCCCUGUCACAGGGGCGCAGGGGGGUACAGGGAGCUCGAGGAAGGCCAGCCUGCUGCCCCUGCACCUGUUGAGGAGGAGCAGUGUGAGGCCUGGCUUUGUCAUUCCCAAGGUGCGCAUCAACAAAGCCCCCACUCCCACCUUUCAGCCUGAGAGGGCGAAGAAGAAGGCCAGCACCAAGGACAGUACCUACUUGCAGAUUCCCAAAUGGAGAUACAAGGAAGCCAAAGAGGAGAGGAGGAAAGCGGAGGAGGCUGAAAAGAAGAAGGCUCCUGAGGCCCCGAAAGAAAGACGAGUGUCUCCUUGGAGGAAUAGGACUUGA